GGCACUGUAACUCAGAGUUGUCACUUCCACAACAUCUCCUCUCUCAUGCAAGCUGCCGUCACUGAACGCUCUUCCUGCCCAUCUGUGAGGAUUUUAUCUUUUUACUUUUAAUAAUUCGGAGUACGACGUAGAACUCGAUCGUAAAUUUCAAAGCUCCCCAGGGUCCAUGUCAAGCAAAAGAGUACCCAAGAGUACGCCCGCAAUGUUUGUUAGUGCCCAAGUAGCUGGCGAGCGGUGCGAAACCUGGCGUCGGUUUGUACUUUCCAAAGUCUGGAGUGCUGGAGUAGUAACUUGGCACCUAACAAUCACCCAGUCUGGCUAGCGAUCUGGUGAGAGAGACAGCAAAGAGCUAUCUAGUAGGAGAUUUCUGGGAGCGGGUCGAAGAAUUGCCCUUGUUACAUGGGAUUCUUUCGAAUUUGAAGUAUGGGAGUAGGAGUAGAGCGCAAGGAGCCCACUCAAGAACCUUGCAAGAUAGCGGAGACUUCGGGAGAGGUUGGCAUGGAAACUGAGGCUUCAAUUGCAGAGCGGCUUGAGGAUUUCGGAGCGAUUUUUAGUUAAGCUUUGUUGAAAACAGUCGUUUCCUGGCCCGUAUUGGAGGCAGCAGGGGGUUGACGUUACCCUCCACGUAGGGAUUCUACUGCACCCAGAUUUCGGAGACUAUUGCUAUUUCCUCCUUUCUGUGAAGAUUCAUUCGCAGAGUAAUUCGCCGAAACUAACGACAGGGGCGCCUGACCUUCUCUUGAUUGGAUGGGUGUUUCCUCGAGUUCAAACCGAGUGAUUAAAAAAUGGCGGGAUCCCAGGAGAUUAAACUUGUUGUAUUCUACGUUAUUGCUGUCUCUGCCAUCAGUUGGGUUGAACUGGCUCAAGGAUACAGACUACUUCCGAGCGAAUCUCAACGUCAGCAUUUGCCUCUGAGCACUCCAGAUACAAAUUUAGAAGAUCCUGCAAUAAGGGUCGGGCACGGUCGUUAUGCACGAGAUCAACGUUCGGUAGUCCCGGAUGCGGUCUUCAACACUCCUUACGCAGAGAAGUCUCGGCAUCUGCUGGACUUCGAAACUCCAGCCGCUUGGAACCAUGUGAACGUAAACUGGUUGCUAGUCGCCAUCCUCACCCCUACCUCCUUGGUAGCCGUGGGCAUCGUCAUUCUUCUGUUGGUGCUCUGUGCUCGCAAGCAGCGGAACAGCAAACCCAGCAUGCUCAUCUGGACCAAUCAGUCCACUUUGCAGCGCCAAUGUGACGGCGUUGACUUCAGUUCAGAUUCCUCCACAGGGUCGACGAGGUUCGAGACGAUGAAAUUUGGGCCGUGGUUGAAUCACCUUCAAAGUAUCAAAAGUUGCGUGAAGAGCGGAGGCCUGGCCGCCGCGCCUUGCUCAUUGGCCUACUCUCUUUUACAAACUGCUACGAACAACUUCAGCUCCUCCAAUUUGCUGGGCGAGGGAAGUUUCGGGCAUGUGUAUAAAGCGAGACUCGAUUAUGAUGUCUAUGCCGCUGUAAAGAGACUUACCAGCGUAGGAAAACAGCCCCAAAAAGAACUCCAGGGAGAGGUGGAUCUGAUGUGCAAGAUAAGACAUCCCAACUUGGUGGCUCUCCUGGGCUAUUCAAAUGACGGCCCAGAGCCCUUGGUUGUGUACGAGCUCAUGCAGAAUGGUUCACUUCAUGAUCAGCUUCAUGGCCCCUCAUGCGGGAGUGCACUCACCUGGUACCUACGACUAAAGAUUGCUCUUGAAGCUGCCAGAGGACUGGAGCACCUGCAUGAAAGCUGCAAGCCUGCAAUAAUCCACAGAGACUUCAAGGCAUCCAACAUCCUCUUGGACGCCAGCUUCAAUGCGAAGGUGUCCGACUUUGGUAUAGCGGUAGCUCUGGAGGAAGGUGGCGUGGUGAAAGACGACGUACAAGUGCAAGGCACCUUCGGGUACAUUGCUCCUGAGUACCUGAUGGACGGGACAUUGACAGAGAAGAGUGAUGUUUACGGAUUUGGAGUAGUAUUGCUUGAGCUGCUGACAGGCAGACUGCCCAUUGAUACGUCCUUACCACUCGGAUCGCAAUCUCUAGUGACAUGGGUAACACCCAUACUAACUAACCGAGCAAAGCUGAUGGAAGUUAUCGACCCCACCCUUCAAGAUACGCUGAACGUGAAGCAACUUCACCAGGUGGCCGCAGUGGCAGUCCUUUGCGUCCAAGCGGAACCCAGCUACCGCCCUCUCAUCGCCGACGUGGUUCAGUCACUGGCUCCGCUGGUGCCUCAAGAGCUCGGCGGCGCAUUGCGAGACCCAAAGUCUCAAUGCUUACACAGCGAUAGCGGCAAACUGUCGGUGGACCCACUCUGCGGUGCCGAACUCAUGGACACCGAGCUGCCGUCUUUCAACUCGCAACGAUCGGACUACAGUUUGUAUUCCGUCGGCGACGAUUCGUCGAUAUCGAGGAGUUCAAUUCUGGAUAGAUCCCGAUCCUGGGAGCACGUGACCCGCAGCUUGGAAUUACAGCAACGAUUCGACGAUCAAGGCAAUUGAUGAAAUAUCGACACACCAACACACCGACACACCGCACCGCACCACACCCCAAAUUCCCUCCGUUGAUUCAAUAUACCGUUGACUCAGAGUAGCAUAUUUUCAUGAGUUGUUUGCUUUUAUAGUUUAUGGGUUACUGUUACUUUACUCUUGUGCCUUUCGUCACACAGGAAUUAAAUCGCAUUUUGUCUGCGAAUUGUGCAUUCUUCUCUUC